AUUGAAGAAGAUGGGAAAUUGCUUUUGGAUCAUGCCACACUGAAGGACAUUGUCGUGCAGCAAGAGUUACACGAUGAGACUCUAAAAGCUUAUGCAAACUUUAAUCCAAACAAUACACCCUUCGAUAAAGAUAUGCAUUGUAAAAUAACACCACCUUAUCCACACACUAUUCUUCCUUCUCCUACAAGUUCUUACUCAUUUACGUUCCUAAUGCCUACCUCUGUCGUUAGCGCAUAUCUUCAUUCGAUAACAGCACAUCUUCCUUCUCUUUGUGAUCAUUCAAGUAUGAAACCCACUUGGCUUGAAUGCAAUCCGUUGAUUUGGCACAGAGGACCAAAUACCAAUCCGGUAUAUGCUCUCGUUGUUCGAACAUCAUGGGCAUAUUCUAAAUUUGGUAAAGAAGUAUGUAGACGUUGGUUACGACCAGUAUUUUAUUGGAAUGGAAAAAAUGGAGGAAAAGAAGCCGAAUUUUGGCAAAAAAUGGGUGAUGAACUUCGACUUGAAAAAAAGGAAAGCUCUCCCGCAGAAGCUUAUGUUCCAUUCCUUUCAUAUAAUUCAUGUGGUUCUACUAUAUCUAAAGAUGGACUUGAACAAGAAAAGUCCAUGUAUUCUCUAAUAAUGGUUGAUCGUGAUGCAGUAGAUAAAGUUCGUAAAGAUUUUGGUGAAACCAGUGAAUUCUGGAUUUACCUUAAAGAAGCUCGAAAAUAUUUACAAACUAGCAUGACAUCACGAGAAGUCGCUUAUUGUGGAACUAGUAAAUGCGG